AUGUAUGUUGCACACCACACACCAGCCGCCAACAAGAAGCUUAGAUUCAUUGCUAGAAACAAUGGAAGGGUUGGGGUUGGUGGGCCCGCUCCGGGUAUGAUGCAACCUCAGUUAACCCGGCCUCCAAUGCCUCAAGUUUCUACUCCGCCUAUUAGUUACCCGCCUCCAGUUAUGAGGCCCCGGCGUGGUGGGCCACCAAUGCCGCCACCUCAGGGUAUGCAGAUGAGGCCUGGGGACCCACCGAUGGCGCCGCCACCACAGUUUGGUGGUCAGAGGCCUAUGGGGGUUCCACCGCCUCCAAUGAUGAGCGGUCCACCUCCAAGUGCAAUGUAUGGUGGUCAACCGCCUCGACCGGGUAUGCCACCACCGCCACCAGGCGGGAAGGAUCCUGUUUAUGGACCGCCUCGUCCUGGUAUGCCUCCACUGCCUAAUGCUCCUCCACAGCAGAAUCAGCAGCAGUAG